AUGAGAUUAGGUUCAAUUAAAAUAUUUUUUGUACCUCAUUCCAGAAAGGACAAACGGCCAUAUGUUUACACAAGGGAAACACUAGAGGAAGGAAAAACACAUGAUGAACUUUGGAAUUCUGCUCAGAUACAAUUGGUGACUGAGGGUAAAAUGCAUGGCUUCUUGAGAAUGUAUUGGGCAAAGAAGAUUCUGGAGUGGAUGAAGAGCCCAGAUGACUCUUUGGCAACAGCAAUCUAUCUUAAUGACAAAUACAGUCUUGAUGGUAGAGAUCCCAAUGGCUAUGUUGGUUGCAUGUGGUCUAUAUGUGGCAUCCAUGAUCAGGGCUGGGGAGAGAGACAGGUGUUUGGAAAGAUCCGUUACAUGAACUAUGAUGGCUGCAAGAGAAAGUUCAAGAUUGAUGCAUUUGUUGCACGGUAUGGUGGAAAAAGACACAAGUACAUUCCAGCAGUCUGA